AUAUCCCGUUGUUAUACAUUGAGAACUUUGACUCACAUCAUACGCCGACUCAAAUCCCAUUUAUGCUCUCUCACUCUCUUCCUCAACCACCACUCACCUCUUUCUCUCUCCAAAAUACAUGGCGGAUCAAGAUAGAGUUUGCUGCAUGUGUGGUGAUAUUGGCUUCGCUGACAAGCUCUUUCAGUGUCCCGGAUGCCGUUUUCGCUUCCAACACCUGUAUUGUAGCAACUACUACUCUGGCAAUCGUGAACUAUCAUCAUCAUCGUCGUCAUCAUCAUCAUCCAUAUGUGAUUGGUGUCGAAGUGAAGGUAGAAACUCCUCAACUAAAACUGGAUCUUUCAAGAGAUCAUCAUCAUCAUCAUCAAUGGAGCAUAACAAUCAUCGUAAUCUUCAUAUCAGCUCCGAGUAUACGUCAGGAGAGAGAAUCAAACAACAUCAACAUCAAGAUCAUUUGAACACUUCCACUACUACUACUAAUAAUAAUAAUAGUGUUGCUGUUUCUUCAGGAGAGAGAGGGACUUCCAAGAAUAAUAACAACAACUCCGGUGUACCAUCGCCUCGCCCUAGUGCUCAUCGUCGCUAUAAACUUCUUAAGGAUGUCAUGUGUUGAUGAUGAUGAUGAUGGAUGAUGAUGGACAUGGACAUGAUCAUGCAUGAUGAUGACAUAAUAAUCAUCAGUGAUCGAUUUUGUGCUCUUCCUAGCUAUAAAGUUGUAAGCUUUUUUUUUUUUUGGUGUGUGUAUGCGUGUGUUAGCUAGAUUUUUUUUUAGUUUUUUAUGUGAUGAUAAAUGUUUGUCUUGUGUGAAUAUUAUGUUUAAUUAGAAGCUUGAUCUAAAUCCUCUUAUGUGAGUGUACUUAGAUAGUUAAUCAUAUAUAUAUACUAUUAAUGUAGUAUUUGCUUUUUUUA